GCGGCCACCUUGUGUUUGCUUCACACAUUCCUCAAUUCAACAAUAAUGGCCAACCUCUCUCUACCCAACACGCUUCAGCUUCCUUUCAAACAAGACAUCCUCCAAUCCAAAAGGGUCUCCCCUGCACAACUUCCUCGCCAAAACUCUCAACUUGGCGUAUCAAAAUCCAUAGAUUUCGAAAGAAAAACAUCCACCAGUGCCAUACCUCGUGUCUUGUCCAAAGCAAGCGAGUCAUUAACAUCCACGAUCACCAAGCAUGAAAAAGAACAAGACUAUAAUUCCAAUACAAACACCAAAGAACCAGAGCGAAAACUGGCCGAUGAGUGGAGAGAAAUCCAGGGAAAAGAUGACUGGGUCGGCCUUCUUGACCCAAUGGAUCCACUCUUACGAUCAGAACUCAUCAGAUAUGGCGAGAUGGCACAAGCUUGCUAUGAUGCUUUCGAUUUCGAUCCGUUUUCAAAAUAUUGCGGCAGCUGCAGAUUUAUGAGUCACAGGUUUUUCGAGUCUCUAGGAAUGACACGACAUGGAUACGAGGUCACUAGAUACUUGUAUGCCACAUCAAAUAUCAACCUUCCGAAUUUUUUCAAAAAAUCUCGCUGGCCUAAAGUUUGGAGCCACUUAGCCAAUUGAUUUGGAUACGUUGCAGUUUCCAACGACGAAACAACAAAACGUUUAGGCCGCCGUGACAUUACUGUUGCGUGGAGGGGCACGGUGACACGUUUAGAGUGGAUUGCUGAUUUAAUGGACUUUCUCAAGCCAGUCAAUGGUAAUAAAAUCCCGUGUCCGGAUCCCACUGUUAAAGUCGAAUCCGGAUUCUUGGAUCUUUAUACGGACAAAGAUGAGAAUUGUCGGUUUUGUAAAUAUUCAGCUAGAGAGCAGAUUUUAGCGGAGGUUAAAAGGUUGACUGAAAUGUAUGCUGAUGAGGAAAUGAGCAUUACAAUUACUGGUCACAGUUUAGGCGGUGCUCUGGCUAUGCUAAGUGCAUACGAUAUCGUGGAAACGGGUUUACAUGUGAUGCAAGAUAGUCGGGCAUUGCCUGUUUCUGUGUUUUCCUUUUCGGGUCCUCGGGUCGGGAAUGUUAGGUUCAAGGAAAGGAUUGAAUCAUUGGGGGUUAAGGUUUUGAGGGUGGUUAACGUGCAGGAUGUGGUGCCUAAAUCACCUGGAUUGUUUUUUAAUGAACAAGUGCCGCCUAUGUUGAUGAAGUUGACUGAGGGAUUGCCAUGGUGUUACUCGCAUGUUGGAGUGGAGCUGGCUCUGGAUCAUAAGAAUUCGCCAUUUUUGAAACAAACGGGCGACCCGGUUUGUGCACACAAUUUGGAGGCUCUUUUGCAUUUGCUUGAUGGGUACCAUGGAAAAGGGCAGAGAUUUGUUCUGGCAAGUGGAAGGGACCCUGCAUUGGUAAAUAAGGCGUGUGAUUUCUUGAAAGAUCAUUACUUGGUUCCACCAAACUGGAGGCAAGAUGAGAACAAAGGUAUGGUGAGGAACGGUGAUGGUCGUUGGGUGCAACCUGAUCGCCCGAAGCUUGAUGAUCACCCUGUCGAUACGCACCACCAUCUCAGAAAACUGGGCCUGGCAUCUGAACACUAAGAAUUUCCACCACCCUGACCACAAUACAACUUGGCAAUGGCCUGAUUGAUUAUUUCAUUAUUUGUAGUUACAAUUAUGUUAAUGAUAAUUAAUUUUCUAGACAGCUAGCUGAAAUAUUGCUGGGAUCAAGUAGUGAAUUGUUAGUUUAAUUUGCAACUCGAGGAGAUCUUGAAAUUCAUUAAAUUCCUUGAAAAUUUAUACAAUGGCUUAAAACUGAGCUGAUCGAGGCUGUAAGGAACUAUUUGGGGUAUUAAAACAGUCUUUUUUUUCUUGAAUUCAAGUAACUCAAUUA